GUUUGCAGACCCUCCGGGACGGAGAGGUGGAGGAGGAAUCGGCAGCUCCGCCGUUCAAAUACUAUAAUCAUCACGCCAUUAGUUCUUUACUUCAUCAAUUUCUUUUAUCCGGAUAUUAAAGACUAUAUAGAGAAGCUCUCCGGGACUCUGAGGCUGCUGCAGAGAAUGGGAAUAGGGACACAGGCCAAGGCUUGCCAUAUUGGCUGAAGUAACAGCAGGACAGUUGACAACCCUGCAUCAGCUUCAAUCCCCUUCUCCCUCACCUACACAAACACACAAACACGUAUAGCCUACAUAAGAAAAGACAACCCCACUCACAGCCAUUGCUAUGUCCACCGCGGUAGACAUCGCUGGCCCUUCCUCUCCCGAUCAGGCCCACAGCAGUGCUAAAAUCCCCAAUGAGCCAUUGAGACCCAGCCUUAAGCGCUCCCACCACCCCUACAGCCUCUCCCAUUACAUCUCCACCCCUUCCCCAGCCGUGGAUGUCAAAGACCUGAUCCAGCCUUCCCCAUCCCAGCAACGCACCACUCAGCCUGCAAACACAAAGUCUCGUCGAACUCCCUCCUGGCCUGAUAUGUGGGAGUCACCCAGUGGGCUCCACCUGGCCCAUGCCGCAGAGCUGCUGAUGCGCGCAGGGCUGCUGGCUUUAACCCCAGCCACCACAGAGCAGACUGGCCUGGGUGCACAGAGCAGCCAGCCAGCUAAGAGGGAGGCUGAAGAAUCAAAAGGGGAAAAGGGGGAUGGAGAGGGAGCAGGGUCUGGACCAGAGGAGGAGGAAGAGGACUCCUCUGGAUGUGGAACUGACUUCCAACCCUUUCUAGGUGCCUGGUUCCCUUUCAGUCCUGCUCUGUUCCCCCUGGCUGGCUUUCAGAUGGGGGGAGGCCACUGGAGGAGUGCAACCAUGGGGGCUGAGGGCAUGGAGGGGAUAGUAGCUGAGGGCUACUCUCCUGGCUCUAUGGGCGGGGGCAGCGGAGGGAGAAGGAAGAGGAAAAGGUGUGGUGAAUGUGUACCUUGUCGGCGUCAGACAAACUGUGAACAGUGCAGCAGCUGCCGCAAUCGCAAGAGGGGACACCAGAUCUGUAAAUACAGAAAGUGUGAGGAGCUAAAGAGAAAGCCGGGAGGUCCUGGGUUUGACAGCCGAGUGUCUGGGUUUGAUCUUAGGGGCUCUGAUUUUACUUUGGGUCUGGCACAGGAGAGAAGCAACAGCGCCUUGGAUGGAUAGUAAUGUGUGAAGAGGCAGCAUUUGUCAGAGGAUCCUAGCUGGAUGAUUGUUAAGGAGCUGCUGUUUAAUUAAACACACAGGACACCAUGAGCUCAGACUGUGAUUCAAAGACCUUCAGAUAUUCAGAUAUUGUGUUUAGCGAAGAGCUGCAGCUCUGUUUAAGAAUGUUCACACUUGUUCCUGUCCUUUCUUUUGACAAUCAGAGUGGAGAAGACAGAAAGAAGGAUACCAAUGUGUGUCAAUGUUUGGAUGACAACAAAAAGUGCUGUAAAUAGAUUGUAAAUAUCUGGAAACAUUAUGUCUUUUUUACAUCCCUGUCCAGUUUGGAUGUGUUAUGUUUCAACAUAAAAAGGAGCCAAAUGUUUUGUUUCUAAUGGGGAGGUUUGUUUUUGUUGUCCUGACUUCACUGCAUUAGUAAAAAAUGAAUGAGUUCAGCUGAGGCUAAAUUAUUUCAUGUGCAACUCGUACUGUAUAGCACUGUUUUCUCUUUUGAAAUAAAAGAAAUUGGCCAUGUUAA